AUGACUGCUCUAAAUGAAUUCAUCAGUACAAAUGGGGGGCGGCCGCCCCGCUGCUAUGGCAACGCGGCGCCGCCGAGAGCGGAGGAGCGAGGGGACUCGGCCUCGGGGGCGCCGGCGCUGCGCGGGGAGCUGCGGCGCUGGGAGGCGGCGGGCGCCAUCUCCGCGGAAAAGAUGACUUCUGCUGAGAAACUGCCAUCAAGUUCCAACACCGAGAUAAAACCUCCUCCUCAUCUGCCUCUCUGCACAAAUCCUGGAAAUCCUGUGUUUUCCUGUAUGCUGGAUCCCAAAACACUCAAAACCAACAGUUUUUUGACAAAGCCUCGGAUUUUAUUGUUUAAAACAACUUCAAGCGAGUAUGGUGCUAUACCACCUACCUCACAGAUGGUACCUUGUACUUACCAUCCCAAGGAUCAGACGUUUUCAACACAUUUGCUCACCUGUGGGUCAUUUAGAAACAGCUAUUUAAACACUGCUCUUGACAGAAGUAGGGUAUACGACUACCCGAAUUUGCAGCACACACUGUAGAAACGCAUCUCUCAUUUUCAUGUGUGUUUAUUUAAAGACUAGGCACUUAGCAAAUUCAAAAUUGUUUUCCUAAGGUUAUUUCAAUCAUUCUGUGACUAGCUUGUCAAUAUAUGAUUUAGUUUGGUUUUGUUGGGCCAAGUACAAUGUAUCAAGCAGGAUGUAGUCCAUUGGAUAAUGCACUUGUCUGAAUCAGACCUAAACCCAUAAAAAUAAAACUCCUGAAACCAGAAUGAUAAAUGUAUAACUGAUUUAUAGAAAGUGUUAAGUGCCAGAGAAAUUGACCUGAAGACUUACUUGUUUUAAUUAAAAGUAUUUUUCUGGUUUAAAAAACUAUGCCAGUCUUCACAUUUUUAUAUAGCAAGACACAAAUAUCAACAUCGUGCAUAUGACUGAUAUGCUAUAC